CAAUUGAUGUAUGAAACCACGUUUACAUGAAUGUGAAUUGUUAUAGCGUGUGUUAUGAUUUGAAAAAAACCCACUAUUAAUAGGCAUUAUGUUGGUCAUGCCUAAAGGAGACAUAUUAUGGGGUUUACCCAACAAGUAAACACCUAUAUGAGUUCCAGAAAACAUGUUUUUGAAGCUGUUGGCUGGAAAUAGCUUUUAGGAAUAAGAAAUCAGUCAAAACCACCAUUCUGCCCUGUCAAAGCCAACUAUGCAUCAUCAAUUUAGUGCAUUUAUACAGCACCAUUCUAACCACCACUCAAAGCGCUUUACAAUGAUUUUCACAGAAACCUGGCUCAACAGCAACGUUCCGGAUAGUGCCAUCGAUCUAGCAGAACGCUACACUCUCCGUGCAGACAGAACGAAGGAGUCCGGAAACAAGGUGUCACUCCUCCCAUGGCAGCUCUGGUUUCCGGCCCCGAAUCUAUACCAUCACACCCAAGAGGCUCUGCCAUAACCUAGUAGGACCAGCCUGGGAACCAGACCAAUACAGUGGGACUGCCUCUAAACUCAAGCAACUACUGACGACAGAAAGGCAUCACAACCUGUUGAUUUUGGGGAAGCAUAUGCCAAAAUUGCAGCGACAUGAAUAACGUCUUCAACUUCGAGGAUUAUUAUUAUGACACCAAUAGCACCAUCAUCAACACCACCUUUGUGCCGGCCCCCAACACAUUGAGCUGUAAUGUUGAGAUUUCUCCCACAGUGGCCAGGCUGUUGUGUUUCACAUACAUUGUUAUUUUCCACAUGGCAGUAUCGGGCAACAUAUUGGUAGGGCUGGUGAUCUGUGUCAAUCGGCGCGUCCUGACUCCGUCGGACGUGUAUCUGUUCCACCUCACCAUCGCCGACUUCCUGCUGGCCCUCACGCUGCCCUUCUGGGCCACCAAGGCCGGCUUCCAGACUUGGAUUUUCGGUGACUUCAUGUGCAAGUUGGUCAGCCUCAUCACGGAGGCCAACUUCUACACCAGCAUCCUCUUUCUGGUGUGCAUCAGCAUCGACCGCUACCUCACUAUCGUCUGCGCCGCCAGUACACGCGUAUACCGCCAGCGCUACUGCAGUCGCUUCGCGUGUGCGUCCAUAUGGGCCCUGGGCGUGCUGCUGGCCCUGCCCGCACUCGUCAAAGAGGCCCUCGUCCUGACCACGGAGAAGGUGGCUUGCGCCGAGCCUUUGUCCGGCAAUUUGAUGUGGAAGGUCGCCACGCGGGUGCUCCGCCACGUGGUGGGCUUCCUGCUGCCGCUGGUCGUCAUGGUGACGUGCUACGGCAUCACCAUCGCCAGGCUCCUGCGCACGCGUAGCUUCAAGAAGCACCGGGCCAUGCGGGUGAUCAUGGCGGUGGUGGGGGCCUUCCUGCUGUGCUGGAUGCCGUACCACCUGGCGGUGAUCACCGACACCCUGAUGCGGAUUGGCCUGCUGGAGUACGACUGCACGGCGAGGAAGGCGGCGGACACGGCGGAGCGGGUUACACUCUCGCUGGCUCUGGCCCACUGCUGCAUCAACCCCGUGUUGUAUGCCAUCGUGGGGGAGAAGUUCUGGGGCAACCUGGCCAAGAUCAGGAUCCACCGAGACGUGAUGGUCUCAAGGUCCAGGUACAGCAGGUCGACGUCUCAGACGUCUGAAGGGAACGGGCCGGUUUUCUGAAAUGACCCCGCCGAAAGGAGCGAGUUCUCAAGCCCGUUACCAAAGAUGGCAUGCAGGCAGCACGCUCACCCCGGCUAAUUCUGUGUCUAUGAACCCUAUCUUAAAAUUUCACAUGUUGUAAAAAAAAUCACGGCCUGCAACUUUCCACGAAAAAGGUCAGACCAUCGAUCCCAGACCAAUAAUGGCAUUUGCCCAAGCAUCCAUUUUUUCUUGGCAGAAACAGAGUUGAUGUCGAAGACUGCCAUUUAUUCCACAACAUGGCAGCCGUAGUCUACUCUCUUGUAUUAAAAAAUAGCCAAGCGUGACGGUUCUCCUUUAACAAACCAUUUAUGCACAGUCAAGCUUUCAUAUUGACCUUUAGAAGACAAUAACUAAACAGUUUGUAAGUCUGUUGUUGUAAGUCUACGUUACCGCAACAGUGUGGCCUUAAACGAGGUCUGUGACCCCUAAAGCUAGGCGGCCUCAGAAAGAGCAUUUUAUUAUGUGCAUAUACCUUUUUGGGGUGUUAAUAAAAAAUUUAAUCAUAUUUUCUAGUCACAACUUAAUGCAGAAACUCAUUCUCCCCAGGAAUAGACAAGCUAUUUGUCUCUCACCAGAGUCAGUCCUCCCACUGAGAUAUGCUGAUGAAUCGUAGUAAAAACAUACAAUUAAUUAAUUGUACAUAACAUAACCUACAUGUACUGUUCAAGUAAACAUAAGGUUCAGUGCCAAAGUUUGAGUCUGACCCAUUGAUUUGAACUCAUUGGUUUUUUACUUGUCUUAUAACUAAGCUUCAAAGUUGGAUACAUUAAUAGAUAAGGCUUUAUGGCUAUAUAUAAAUAUUUUAUGGGCCCACUGGCCGUACACUCACUCCGCCAAGAGGUCCCUGGGGGGAAAAGGUUGAAGUCCUCUGCAACAUAAUAAUCGGAAGGUUGCUUACUUUUUAAUGUAUUAAUCAGUGCCCUGAUAAAUGUGAACCUGUGGUCAAAACAGAAGUGUGUACUUUGUGUAGUUUAAUGCUAUUUGCUUGAAUGUUAUUUGCUUGCUGAACACUAAUACUGUUUUGCUUUUUGCGUUAAUUGCAUCAGCUGUCACUGCUCAUCAAAUAAAGACGACUUUAGAUCUCCGCUAUGUCCCUUUUUUCCGCUGAAUCCCGUUGAGCUCUGUUUGUUCAUGAAGUGAAACGCUGCCAUCUAUUGGUUUGAAAGAUUAUUUUCACAUAGGUUGGUCUAUCAACGAAAACAGUUGUAGUUUUUUCACUUUAUAUGCCGCUUUCUUGAGUAUUUAUGUAAAACUCUGUGGGUUGACACAAAAGGAAAUCGGGUGUGAUUAGAUAGUGUCCUUGACGCAAAAGAGCUAGUAAACCCAAUCCGUUUUAUUUUUGUCUUACACGUGGUAAUAUGCCAUAUGAUCGUCAACAUAGUGACGCAAUUUUGUCAACGUUACUAGAAAAAAUAAGAAUAAAAAUAUAACGGGGUCCGAGCUAAAUUAAAAGUCAAGAACACACUAAUGGAAGAUGUAUAAUUAUGACAUAUAAUUAUGAAGGAAAGAUGUGGAUGAAGAUGCAAAACUUAAUGCAAUACUGUGCCUCGGCUUUCAGGUGAUAAUCUAAGUCAUUACAUUAUGCAAUUGAUAAUUCAUUAUGCAAUUUAAU